ACAUGUACGAUGCCUCCUUCCAACGAGCAGACUUUGGAGACAUAUCGGCCAGGAAGCGACUUAGGGAGAGUUUACAUUGUCACGACUUCCGGUGGUAUAUGAGGAAUGUAUUUCCGUUUCCGGAGCCGGUGAAAUCCAUAGCUGCUGGAGAAAUACGUAACAUGGCGAAGCCUGUUUGCCUGGACAGCAUGGGGAAGUCGAUGAAACCGGGGGUGUUUGGUUGUCACGGCCAGGGUAUGAAUCAGUGGUGGCAACUGAAGGAAGACCGGACUCUGGGCUCGGCUAUGCACGACAUGUGCCAUGAGAAUGGCACCUUUGUAUUGAAGAAAGGCUGCCCUGGACAACAGUCGUGGACCUACGACAAGGAGAAUCAAACCUUGCUUCACAGCCCUUCUAAAAUGUGUUUACAAGUGACUGUGCAACUUAAACUGACACUCGCUACAUGCUCGGGAACGGCAUGGCAAAAGUGGAUAGUGCCACUGAAGAGUAUGCAAUCAAAACAUUAGCGUGACAGUAUCGAGAGAAUUGUAUAUAUCAAACGAUGUCGAACUGAGGUAUGUUGAAGAUGUGCUUCAUAUCAUCCAAGGAGAAUGUGUCGAAUGAAGUAAGAAAAGGACUGAAGAACCAUACGAAGACAAAGUUCUUAAUUCAUCUGGAAAUCUGCAGCGCUGUAUAACGCCGUUUUCCAUAAAAUCUGUACAUGGAAAUAUAUCCAUUGAAUGUCGGACUUCAGGUGACCCGGAACUUCACACGAUACGUGUACAUAUAUGUUUGCUGGUUAAUGUAACCAGAUAUCUUUGAGUAACAUUUGACAUGCUACACAUUUGAUCCAUCGAUCCAUCACCUGUCACGAAAUGCAACUCUAUAUGGAAGAGUGUUAAAAGCUGUCAGUGUUCCGAUGAUGGCAAUUGAGGGAAUAACAUAGUGGAAAGUAAGAAGUACACAUGUUUGUUGGCUAAUGUCACACAAAUUCAGUUCUUCCGCGAAGAACAUGUGCUACCGUGGAAUAAUACUCUCAAUGAUGUGAACGACAUUAGAAACCUUAUACGUUGUUUUGAAUAUGACUCAACUCGGAAAUUGACGAAAGGUUCUCUGUAAGGUAAAGGGAAUGGGCUUAUUCAUGUCGUUAAUGUUAGACAGAGUUAUCGUUUAGGGGUUGACGCAGUCAUGAUCUGGUAUUGGAACACUAUGACUGGCAGACCCUUAUUUAAUUUACAUACGAACUUAUGUGCUGCGAACUGUGUCAGUGGACGCUGAACCAUAAUCACGACAACUAAAUACAGGGCUAGGGCGAUGACUUGUGAUUUACGCACUAAACAGUUAUCUGCUAAUGAAAACAAUCUCCCCAGAACAACAAAUAAUGUAUAAUAACAAGCUACUAGGAAACACUACUGAACUCUGAGUAUUACGUAAGGUAUCUUAGGUGAUGAAUAAAACCGGAUUCAUGAUUGUUC